CUUAUUUUGAGGAGACACACGAGGACCAAACAAACGGUUUCCACUGAAAGAGAUCAGGAAACUGCAACUUGAGGCUGCUGCAGCUCAACACACCGAAUCUUCAGUCAGAGAGAAAAUGGCUUCCAGAUUAGAGGAGAAUCUCUCUUGUCCUGUCUGCCAGGAGAUCUUUAAGGAUCCUGUUGUCCUGUCCUGCAGCCACAGCUUCUGUAAAGACUGUCUGCAGACAUGGUGGAAGGGGAAACAGACAAAAGAGUGUCCAUGUUGUAAGAGAAAAUCAUCAAUGAUUGAGCCACCUGUUAGUUUGAUGAUAAAGAACCUGUGUGAGGCUUUCUUACAAGAGAGAGAUCAGAGACCUGCAGGGCCUGUCUGCAGUCUGCACUCUGAGAAACUGAAACUCUUCUGUCUGGACCAUCAGCAGACAGUUUGUGUCGUCUGCCUGCAUUCAAAAGCACACAACAACCACAGAAUCAGACCCAUCGAUGAAGCUGCACAGGAUCACAGAGAGGAGUUCCAGAAAUAUCUGAAGCCCUUACAGGAGAAACUGAAGCUCUUUGAACAAGUUAAAGGAAACUGUGAGCAAACAGCAGACUACAUUAAGGUCCAGGCCAAACACAUAGAGAGUCAGAUUAAGGAGCAGUUUAAGGAGCUUCACCAGUUUCUACAAGAGGAAGAGGAGGCCAGGAUCUCUGCUCUGAGGGAGGAAGAGGAGCAGAAGAGUCAGGUGAUGAAGGAGAAGAUUGAUGCUCUGAGCAGAGAGAUAGCAGCUCUUUCAGACACAAUCAGAGCCACAGAGGAGGAGCUGAGACCUGAAGACGUCUCAUUCCUGCAGAACUACAAGGCUGCAGUGGAAAGAGUCCAGCAGCGCCCCCUGCUGGAGGAUCCACAGCUGCUCUCAGGAGCUCUGAUAGAUGUGGCCAAACACCUGGGCAACCUGGCCUACAACAUCUGGGACAAGAUGAAGGAGAUGGUCUCCUACACUCCUGUGAUUCUGGAUCCAAACACUGCUCAUCCAGAACUCCUCCUGUCUGAAGAUCUGACCAGUCUGAGACGUGAAGAGGAACAGGAGCUUCCUGACAAUCCAGAGAGGUUCGAUUGCUUUCCCGCUGUUCUGGGCUCUGAGGGCUUUGACUCUGGGACUCACAGCUGGUACGUCGAGGUUGGAGACAGCACAUACUGGUAUCUGGGUGUAGCAGCAGAGUCUGUCAAGAGGAAAGAAAAACAUUCAUCUUGUUUAUGGAGAAUUGGGUUCUUCAAGGGUAAAUAUAGAGCCUUCUCCUCAUCAGACCCCUCCACUGUUCUCCCAGUGAAGAAGCUCCAGAGGAUCAGAGUUCGUCUGGACUGGGAAACAGGAAAACUGUCAUUCUCUGACCCUGAUACUGAAACACACAUACACACCUUCACACACAGAUUCACUGAGAAGAUGUUUCCAUACUUUGACACUGGAGAUAAACACCAGCUUAAACCACUGAAAAUAUCACCAGUAGGUGUCGAUGGAGUUAUUUUUGGUUGAAGUUAGAGAUAAAGCAAACAACAAGAUGAUUCCUUCAACCUAAUCCAUGUUUAAAACCACUUAUUUCUGUCCUAAACCUGUUUGUAUUGAUUUCUGUUGUCUGUUAGAUCAAAUAAAAUAAGAUGAAAGUUAACUGGUGACUUGUUAGGAACAAGAAUACACAUUAAAGGAAAAUAAAAUAGUUUAAGCAAAUUAUAUUUGACUGUCAAAUUAAAGUAUAAUAUCUGUACUGUAAUCUUGUUUGUUGUUCAAUCUGUUGAAGUGAGUUCAAAAUAAAUUUUUG